CUAUGAAUAUGGUUUUAUGUUACCUACAAAUAAUUUAUGUACGUAUUUGAUGACGAUUUAAUUCAUCUCAACUUUAAGAUAUGUUGAAUUAAUCUCCACCACGAGUACGUAUAUAAAAAGACCCACAAUUUCUUUCUCCAUAGACACAGAUCGAUUAAGCUCCCCAGAUCGAUCAGUUCUCCCACGAAAGCCCCUUCUUUCUUCUUCCUUCCUCUAAAACAUGAAGCAAAAAAUAGUUAUCAAGGUGCAAAUGACGAGUGAUAAAUGCAGAACCAAGGCCUUGAAGAUUGCCGCAACAACAGAUGGAGUGAACUCGGUAGCAAUAGAAGGGUCAGAUAAAGAUCGGUUGGUGGUGGUUGGCGAAGGUGUUGACUCGGCAAACUUGACCCGCUCGCUAAGGAAGAAGCUUUGCUAUGCCGAAAUAUUGAAGGUGGAAGAAGUGAAGAAAAAGCCACCGGAGCCGUGUUGUCAGACGUUGUCCAUGUGCCGUCAAUAUCCACCAUUUCCUAUGUACUGUGAACCUGUCCAAGCUCCCUAUUCAAGUACUGACGGCUGCGUACUCAUGUGAUCGAUCUACGAGUACGAGGUCUUAUUUGUCCUCUUUGUUUCUCUGAAUUAGUUUAGUGCACUCUGUUGCUUCUAGUCUUACCUUGGGACGUGCAUGUGCAGAUCGAUUGUUGUUCUUUUUUCUUUUCUUUUUUGUCCUAUUGGCCAAUGCCUGAAAUAAUGAA